AUGGGGUCCGGCUCCUCCAGCUACCGGCCCAAGGCCAUCUACUUGGACAUCGAUGGGCGCAUCCAGAAGGUGGUUUUCAGCAAGUACUGUAACUCCAGUGACAUCAUGGACCUGUUCUGCAUCGCCACCGGCCUGCCCCGGAACACGACCAUCUCCCUGCUGACCGCGGAUGAUGCCAUGGUGUCCAUCGACCCCACCAUGCCGGCCAAUUCCGAACGCACCCCCUACAAAGUGAGACCCGUGGUCGCCAAGCAGCUGUCUGAGAAAGAAGAAUUAAUCCAGAGCGUGCUGACCCAGGUGGCAGAGCAGUUCUCCAGAGCAUUUAAAAUCAACGAACUGAAAGCUGAAGUCGCGAAUCACUUGGCCGAGCUAGAGAAGCGGGUGGACUUGGAAGGCCUGAAAGUGCUGGAGAUCGAGAAAUGCAAGAGUGACAUCAAAAAGAUGCGGGACGAGCUGGCGGCCAGGAGCAGCAGGACCAGCUGUCCCUGUAGGCACAGUUUUGUGGACAAGAAGCCGAGCCCUCCGCGUGAUGUCCCCACGUACCCCAAGUACCUGCUCUCUCCGGAGACCAUCGAAGCUCUCAGGAAACCCACCUUCGACGUCUGGCUCUGGGAGCCCAACGAGAUGCUGAGCUGCUUGGAGCACAUGUACCAUGACCUGGGCCUGGUCAGAGACUUCUCCAUCAACCCCAUCACGCUCCGGAGGUGGCUGCUCUGCGUGCAGGACAACUACAGGAACAACCCCUUCCACAACUUCCGGCACUGCUUCUGCGUGGCCCAGAUGAUGUACAGCAUGGUCUGGCUCUGCGGGCUCCAGGAGAAGUUUUCCCAAAUGGACAUCUUGAUUCUAAUGACGGCCUCCAUCUGCCACGAUUUGGACCACCCGGGGUACAACAACACGUACCAGAUCAACGCCCGCACGGAGCUGGCCGUCCGCUACAACGACAUCUCGCCCCUGGAGAACCACCACUGCGCCGUGGCCUUUCAAAUCCUCGCCCGGCCCGAGUGCAACAUCUUUGCCAACGUGCCGCCCGACGGGUUCAAGCAGAUCCGACAGGGGAUGAUCACAUUAAUUUUAGCCACUGACAUGGCAAGACACGCAGAAAUUAUGGAUUCUUUCAAAGAAACGAUGGAGAAUUUUGACUACAGCAACGAGGAGCACAUGACCCUUCUGAAGAUGAUUUUGAUCAAAUGCUGCGACAUCUCCAACGAGGUCCGUCCGAUGGAAGUCGCGGAGCCCUGGGUGGACUGCUUGCUGGAGGAGUACUUCAUGCAGAGCGACCGCGAGAAGUCCGAGGGCCUUCCCGUGGCCCCUUUCAUGGACCGGGACAAAGUGACCAAAGCCACGGCCCAAAUUGGGUUCAUCAAGUUUGUCCUGAUCCCCAUGUUCGAAAUGGUGACCAAGCUCUUCCCUGUGGCGGAGGAACUCAUGCUUCAGCCUCUGUGGGAAUCCAGAGAUCGCUACGAGGAGCUGAAGCAGCUGGACGACGCGGCCAAGGAGAAGACGGAGGGCCUGACGUCCGGGGACACCGACGCCCCCAGGGAGGGAAGCCGCGACGGGAGGAAAAGCGCAGAGAGGGCCAUCCUGAAUUGAUACCUUGGUGCUUCCGCAGGCGGAGCCUGAAGAAGGCAUUUCAGUCACGGGUGGCAGUUCUGGACCAGGCCGGCCGAGCCUCGUGGGAGCCGACAGAGCAGGGGCAGCGGACUCUGAGGGCCUGACCCCACAAGACCGUGUUUUCUAAGAACUGUUU